AUGGACCGCCCCUUCCCAGCUUGGUGCAUUGCUUAUGCGAUCCUCCCGGCGAUUGGCUUCGCAGUUCUGGGUUACCUGGAUCAAAAUCUCACUUCUGUGAUCGUGAACAGACCCUCUAACAAUCUGAAGAAGCCUGCUGCUUAUCACCUCGACUUGUUCGUUCGUGGAGCACUGACGCUGCCCGUCUGUGCUGUGCUGGGCCUGCCCCUGUCCGUGGCCUCCACGGUGCCGAGCAUCACCCACGUGAUCUCGUUGACUACUUACGAAGUGAAGCAGCUUCCGGAAGGUGAGCGCAAGGUGCCUUCGAAGGUGGUAGAGCAGCGUGCUACCAAUUUCUUGAUUCACGUGCUUAUAGGCUCAGCACUCUUCCUGGCACCAGUGCUGAAGUUCCUGCCGCGGGCCGUGCUGCAGGGCGUGUUCUUCUACAUGGGAAUUGCGAGCCUGACCGGCAACAACCUCUUCGACCGGCUGAAGUUGUGGCUCAUCUGGGACCCGGCCAAGUACCCGCAGUACCACUACAUCCAGAAGCUGCCCAUCAGUCGAGUGCACCUGUACACCGUCGUCCAGGUCGUCUGUCUUGGCAUUCUGUAUGGGUUGAAGGCAAUUAAGGAGACGUCGGUGGUGUUCACGUUCUUCAUG